AUGCCCCGCACACUCCCCCUCGAAAUAUACACGAUAAUCAAUUCCUUCCUCCCAACUCUGCGUUCCAAAACCCGCCUCCUGCGAACCUGCCGGACCCUCUACACCCUGCUCGCCCGCCGGCUAUACAGAGAGUUCCUUGCGUCCAGCACUCAACCAGACAUCCUCAAGACGCUGAAUUCUAUCGCGGAAAAGGACAACUGCUCCGCCCUGCGCCGAUUCCUUGAUGCCGGCGCGCCCGCUUGCACAACCGUCCAGAGCUCGAGUUCCAACGCGCCACACACGGUCUGCGAGAUCCUUGGUGAUGCGGUGCGGAAUGGCUCGGAGCAUAUGGUGCGUCUGCUACUUGAGGGAAAGGACCGAUAUGGAAUUGACGUCAAUGCGAUGGACGCUGUAAACGGGUAUAGCUGUUUCGGGACUGCGGUGUUGCGCGGGAUGCAGGGAAUGGUAGGGAUGAUGUUAGAUGCGGGCGCAGACCCCAAUGGCUUCACGCGCCCGGAUGUCGAUGAUUCGCGGUGGGCGGAGGAAUACAAGCGCGAGAGGAUCCUGGUUAAGGCUGUUGGCGCUGGGCGGGGAUCGAAUGGGGUUGUCGCGAUGCUGCUGAAUGCCGGGGCGGAUCCGGCGAUGGAGAGUCGCAAGGGGCAGAGUGCGUUGGCGAUGGCUGCUUGGGAUGGGAAUACGGAGGUUGUGCUGUGGAUUCUAAGGAUCUUGGAGCGUCGGGAGGGGUUCGAUAUGCGUGGUUUUGUGAAUAGGGGUCCUCGGGCGCCCUUGCUGGGUGCUGUUUCUCUUGUGUCUCCUCCGUUUGUACCUGUAGCUGGAGCGUGUGAUAUCCGCGCUAUACGGCUGCUGCUUAAGCACGGGGCUUCGCUGGACUGUCAGGAUGAAUACUGGGGCACCGUGCUGACUGCUGCACUUGAGCGGGGCGAUCCGGAUAUCCUGGAUUUGCUGGUGGCGCAUGGCUUGUCGUUGACGGAUCCACCUGCGAGGAAUACCGGUAGGCGAGGGUACGACGUGUUGACAUUGGCUGUCAUCGGCGGCUCUCCCGAAAUCGUCCGGCGCAUGCUCGACGCCGGGCUGCCUGUUAAACCCCCGGCCGUCUGUAAGGGGCUCACGGCGGCGGUGGUCCGAGGACAGACUGAGAUACUCAAGAUACUCAUUGAGGCAGGGGCGGAUAUUGAAGGGUCACCCGCACUCAGCGAGACGCCGCUGUACUCGUCUUUGUUCUACGGGAAUCCAGACGUUAUCACGACCUUGCUGGAUAAUGGGGCGCGCGCGCCAACUCCCUCCGAGAUCGAGUCUGGACGCCUGUUGCGCCGUGUCGCGGAAUCCGGAGAUGCGUAUGUUAUGCGGAUGCUGCUGCACUGGGGCGCGGACCCGUGUGUGGGAACGAGGCAUGGCCAGACGCCGCUGUGUCUGGCGGCGAUCCAUGGGCGUCCGGGCGUUGCUGCUGAGUUGCUAUCGGAUCGCACGGCCAUGGAGACUUGGACACGGGAUGGAAAGCUCGUGCCGGGACCGGUCCUAGACAGGGGUAUGGGGGAAAGGGGACACUGGCCUUCCCAGGUCGACCGCAUUGACUUGGCUGACGAGAAGGGCCGGACACCAUUGUACCACGCCACCGUCAACGGCUUCGUGGAUAUUGUCCGCAUGCUCCUUGCGUGUGGUAGUAAUGCCGCGAGUGCGAGGACCAUCUGCGACCUCACGGCCAUUGAAGCUGCUAAUAGAACGAGGGCCGCAGCAUUCGAGCAGAAUGAUAAUACCAUGGAGGAGAUCUACCAGUUGCUCUGCGACCCUGACACGGCGAUGCUGGACAAUGAUGUCGUGAAGACUGCCUUUGCGCAGUGCGACAAAUACAGAUAUGAUCGGGUUUGUGAAGUGUGUUCAUGUCCGCUGAGUCGGUUCGGCGGCUGGUAUGUGUGCUGGGAGAGAUGCUGCAUCAUCGAGCAGUGCUGCGCCGAGUGUGCACCGGAGGAGGACAAUGACCAUCUAGAGGUUGUCCAGUAUGGCGAUAUUCCAAGAUUGGACUCGAGGAUAUGA